GUGGAAUAGAGAUGUAGAAAAUACAACACCAGUACUACCUAUUGAGGAAGUUAAGCAUUCUUCAUCUAUUAUUAGUAGAAGGAGUCAAAGAUAUUCACCAUAUCCCGCUUCACCCCAUGAUAACACUAAUAUAAACAACCCUGGUAUGAGAAAUUCCAAGCAAAAUAUUAGCGUUCUCUUGCCUCCAAUUGAAACAUUAUCUCCUCAACCACCACCUUACUCACGGGCCACAGAUAAAGCACAAAAUAAUAAUCAGAGCCAAGACAGUUCUAACUACGAACUUAAUAGCAGUUAUCUAGAAUUUAAUACAUACUUGUAA